CGUCGUCAGUGCUGCGCACUCUUUGGUAGCGUUCACACGCCGCGUACACCGCACACGACGCACGCCGCCGGCGCGAAACGCCUUUUUAGCCGCUCGCGAUUUUCGCGAUUUUCGUCAGCUCGACCGACCUCGAUACCCGACGCGACAGGCCGUCUCCGGGAUCGCUCGCGUAUAAGGUACGACGAUUUAUAACGUUGUUUUUGUGCUUUGGGCGAUGUGAUUUUUUUUUUUCGAUAAUCUCGUACAAAUACAUCGAACGUAACGGUAUUCGCGAUAACGCGGCGCCGGCAACGGUCUUCGCGAAAAAUUUAAACACGAAUCGGAAGUAUAUAGAUUAUAUUAUUAUUAUAAUAUUGCCGUAACGCCCGUCGAUCGCGCGGAAACAACGCCGCCCGCACACGGCCCCGAAAAUCACCGCCGCCCAUGCCGCACCGGAGCGGCCGCCGCGACCAGGCGACGGCCCGCGACGUUUCGCCGGCGACGACGACGAUGACCACCGCUAUGACGCCGCACCCGGUCGUGCCCAUAUGUUACAACGGUGCCCGUCCCGGAACGGACUUCCGUUCGUCGUCCCGUCGUCAUCACAUGACUAUGGCGUCGUCAGAGGUCUAACAAGGAGUAUGGGAAGAGAGGCAUGGGCCUACGGCUGGACCAGAGACUAUUUAGCAAAGUCACGGUAGUCUUCGCAGCUCUCGUUCUCUCGCUGUUCAACAGGGUCCUAGUCUCAACUACCGGGUCGACGUUCAACGAUGCUGUACACAUCACGGCCAUCGUGGGCGAAUCAGUCGUGUUCAACUGCCAAGUGGAGUUCCCAGCCGAACACCCCGUGCCUUACGUUUUACAGUGGGAGAAAAAAGGUCUCGACAUACCGAUAUUCAUUUGGUAUGACAACUAUCCCACUCACAGCGGUUCGGGAUACGAAGGCCGAGUGGCUAGAGUCUCCCAGGACUCUCCAUACGGUCUCGCUUCGCUCAACUUGACCAAUAUACAAGAGUCGGACCAAGGUUGGUACGCCUGCAAAGUGGUGUUUCUCAACCGGUCGCCAACCAACAAAAACGGCACGUGGUUUCAUCUUGACGUCCACGCUCCUCCGAAAUUCGUCACCACUCCCGGUGAAGUCCAAUACAUAAAUGUCGGAGAUUCCAUUAUUCUAAACUGUCAGGCUGUGGGGACGCCUACGCCCGAAAUCGUAUGGUUCAAAGAUGCUACGGACGUACAGCCGACGACCACCGUGGGCAUAUUCAAUGAUGGCACUGAACUGAGGAUAUCUAACAUCCGAACUGAGGACAUCGGGGAUUAUACGUGCAUCGCCAGAAAUGGCGAAGGACAAAUUAGCCAUACGGCUAGGGUUUUGAUAGCGGGAGGAGCUGUAAUAAUGUCUCCUCCGACUAACCAGACAAAAUUGGAAGGCGAAAAAGUCGAAUUCCUGUGUGGCGCCAAGGCCAUGCCCGGUAAUGUCACCGUCCGGUGGUCUCGCGAUGGAGCUUUCGUGAAGUCAAUUUCAUCGCUGGAAACCAGAGUAACCAUCAAAAAAGACGGUUCCAUGGUUAUAAAUCCUGUCAGUGCCGAUGACUCGGGUCAAUAUCUGUGCGAAGUCAGCAACGGCAUUGGUGACCCCCAAUCCGCAUCUGCCUAUUUGAAUGUCGAAUAUCCAGCCAAAGUUACAUUCACGCCGACCGUACAGUAUCUACCGUUCAGAUUAGCUGGCGUUGUGCAAUGUUACAUUAAAGCCAACCCGCCUUUACAAUACGUCACAUGGACCAAGGACAAACGUUUGCUCGAGCCUUACCAGCAAAAAGACAUCGUUAUCAUGAACAACGGUUCGCUGUUAUUUACCAGGGUCAAUCAAAACCACCAGGGUAGAUACACGUGUACACCCUACAAUGCACAGGGUACUCAAGGAUCAUCCGGACAAAUGGAAGUGUUGGUGAGGAAACCGCCAACAUUCACCGUUGAACCGGAGAAUAUGUACCAGCGCAAAAUCAGCGAAUCGGUGGAGAUGCAUUGUGACGCGCAAGAAGCUGAAGGCACCCAAAAACCCAAAAUUCAGUGGCAGAGGAGAGAUGGCGCUCCGUUGCCUAAAGGUCGUCACAGCAUACACGGUGGUAAUAUCACAAUAGAAAACCUCAGAAAAACCGAUUUCGGAUAUUAUCACUGUGUCGCGAGUAACGAAGUGGCCACAAUAGUUACGACUACUCAUUUGGUCGUCGAAGGCACCCAGCCGCACGCCCCUUACAACGUCUCAGCAAACGCUUCCGAGACAACCGUAACUCUACAGUGGUUACCCGGUUAUAGCGGUGGUCCCGAUUACAAACAGGACUACACUAUUUGGUACAAAGAACCGGGUAUGGCAGACUGGUCUACAAUACCCGUUACUCCGUCGGGGAGCACCCAAGUCACCAUAAACAGACUUACUCCGGACACGACUUACGAGUUUCAAGUGGUAGGGAAGAACGCGUUGGGCGAUGGAAUGCUUAGCAAAGUUAUUUCGAUCAGGACACUGGCAGCCGUACCAUUAACCGUGGCCAAAAAAACAAGUCCCGCGCCACCGGUCACCGAGUUACCUCCUCCCCCAAGCGACGACGUUGUCGACUAUAGUGACCUCAUUUUACCCACUGAAUCCUCUGGUGCUACAUUGUAUCCACCAGUAUUCAGACCAAAAGGACCAAAACCUGGACCUCCGAGAAACGUAUCCAUCGCCGAAGUAAAAAAUGGCUUCGUCAUAUCUUGGCAAGCUCCUUUAGAAAGAGCUCAUCUAGUCCGUUACUACGUCAUCAAUUAUAAGACAGACGGGAUUUGGAGAACUUUAAACAAGGCACAAAUCAGAGCAGAGGAUACUCAUUAUCUGGUGAAAAGUCUAGUGGGAGGUCGUACCUAUUAUUUCCGAGUGGUCGCAUACUCUUUGAAGAGUUUCGAAAACAGCGAAGAAAUCAAAUUCCCCGUACCCGCCAGGGUGAAACACAAGGCCAUCACGGCGGGUGUCGUUGGCGGGUUGUUGUUCUUCGUCGUCGCCAUAAUAUUGUCCGUGUGUGCGGUAAAGAUUUGCAACAAGAGGAAACGGCGAAAACACGAAAAAGCUUACAACAUGGUCGCGUGUAGAAUUACGGACGCCAGAAAUGGCGGCCAAAUACCAGGGACUAGUCAAGUGCCUUUAAAAAAAUCUAGAUCAACCCGAAUAUCAAGUCUGAGCAGCGGAUGCAACGUCGUUCUAAACAUGGUGGCGCGGCCGUCCCGUUCGAGUUCGUUCCUGGACCGCGGCGGCGGCCAAGACUGCGUGGACGGCAUGCCGGGCGGCGGCCAACGACCGCGCCGCCGUCUCGGCCGCAUCUCCCGGUCGGCCGACGGCCGGUUCGUGUUGACCGGCGCGGCCGACUCCAGGUCGUCCAGCCGGCGGGGCAGCGGUUCGUCGUCCGGCAGCAGCGACGACGGCGGCUUCCUGUCCCAUCCGAGUUUCUCCAACCGGACGUGGAGCCGUCAACCGUUGCUGACGGUCAGCGGCAGCAGCGCCGGCAGCGGCGGAGCGCCGAGGUCAGGCCCCGCGCCUGCGGUGGACGACCGCCGCCGGCCCAUCGUGGUCGUGGCCACGGUGUGCGACCCGCGGACCCCGUAUGGCGGCAGCGGCGGCUUCGACCGUCGUCCCGCGGCGCCCACCCACACGGCACCCGCCGCGACGGUGGCCGACGACCGGACGACGCUGCGGAGCGUGCACGAGCGGUACAGCCAACAGCUUCCGUCGCUCAGGGCCAUUCACGAGGAGAACCACCGGACGUUGAUGCAACGACUGCAGCCGGCCAGUCCCAGGUAUCACCCGAACCCGGGCAGGUAUCGGUCCAAGCACAUGCGGUACGCCCGGAGCGCGCCGGAACUCACGUCCGACGGCGGCGGCGGCACCGUCAACAGCAACAACAACACCACCGUGGUCAGCGAACGGUCGCCCGAGAGCCGUUCCAGUUCCAGCGGGUUCGGUUCCAAGAACACCACGUCCAGCACGCUGCAACACCAACACCCGACCGGCGGCGCAGCCAGCGUGCUGGACGAAUGGUGCGGCCCGGGCGGCGGCCGGCCCGGACCGUUGCCGCCGUACAAACACCCGCCGCCCCCGCCGCCCGCGCCGGCGCACCCUCCGCCGCCGCCGCCGCCGCCGUCGUCGCUGUUCUACGCCGACGGACGUUGGAUGGACUUUGGCGCGCCGCCGCCACUGUUGUUCGGCGCCGGCGGAAGCGCCGACAGCUGCGGAAGUAGCACGGCCGCCAGCGACAAGCCGCCACUGAGCGUGGACGACCAGUACGAGUUCGACCCGGUGUUCCCGCUGACGCCCACGCCCACCGAGCUGCUCCAGCAGACGGCGCUGUUCGGGCCGACGGUCGCGUGCACGCCGUCCCCGUCCCGGUCCCGGACGCCCACGCAGCUCAAGAAGGCCAAGUACGACAGCGUCGAGGCCCGGCUCCGGGCCAUGAAGGAGGAGUUCCACGCGUACAAGCGCCGUCAGGCCCAGAUGGCCGGCGCCGUCAGGCAUCACCAUCACCAUCAGCAGCAGCAUCACUCCGUCGGGUACAUCGAGAGCGCGUGUUGAACGACGUUUUGCGCGCGCAAAAAAAAAAAAUGAAAACCCCAAGCUCAAAGACAAAAAAAAAAAAAAUCUUAAUUAAAAAACAAACGUAUAUUUCGCGCGCGAUCAUAGAACAAUGAUUUGAAUAUAAAAUAUUAUAUAUUAUUACGAUGUGCAUAUAUUAUAGAUUUAAACGUUACCGUAAUUAUUUGUUGUUAAAAAAAAAAAAUAAUUAAUAAUAAUAAUAAUAAAAUCUUUUUAACGCAGUGCGACGUAGUGUUGACCUACACUAUAAUAUUAUUGUCGACUGUUGUUGGUAGGCUGACCUGCGGUGCGCGUCACGUGAUUCUAUGAUAUUAUAUACUAUAUAUUUAAUUAUUGUGUAUUAAUAAUAUUGCGUUUCAAAUAUUAUAUUGAUUAUUAUAUAGUAUUUCUAAAAUUUAAAAAUAUAUUAUAUUAUAAAAAACUCGACAAAGUAUUGGCAUGGUAGUGUAUAGUUAGUGUCGGAGAGGCAUAAAUUCUAAUAUGAUUAAAAUCUCACGUUGAUUUAUUAUAUCGUUUUGUUUAGUUGUUUUGUUUUUUUUUUCAUUUUUUUUUUUUUUUUUUUUUUUUUAAUAUCCAGAACUGAGGAUCACAAAUUACAUUCUCAACGUUUUCAGUUCAUACAAAAUUCACUUGCUCAAAUUGUACGAGACUGUCCAGUCUGAGGAUAUAUAUUUUAAUUUAACGUUUUCGUUUUCGUUUGAUAUUUAUGCCUCGUUUCGAAACUGUUAAGGAAUAACAUUAUUAAAACUAAACCUUGUGAUAAUAUUAUGUCAUAAUAUAAACUCAACGAGAUCUGUUCAAUGUACUUAAAUAAUUCCUUCGACGUUAUAUUUGAUGAUUAGCAUUGUGUUCGUAAAUUUAGUUUCGGGCAUCUCCGCCAGUUGUUCUCCGCAUUGUGUUUUUAAUUGUAUUGCAUCCCUAAGUUCCUAUUAAAUUAAAAUAAAUAACGUCCUAGGGCCUAUACCGAACGGGAUCCUCGUUAAAUUUUCUUUUUAACAAUCAAAAACAUAUUCCACGCGAUAUGUAUAAAUUAUAUAAAAUAAAAUGUUUACUUUUAGACAUAUAUAAUAUUAUUAUGACAAAACGUCUCAGCAAUAAAUAUAAUAAUUUAGGUGAUAAAAAGAAAAACAUUUUUUUUUUUUUUUUUAUUUAAAUAAAUAAUAAUAAUAAAUAAUACUAUCUAGUCUGAGAAAUAAUAAUAUUUUAGGUAGGUAAGACAAUUUUUAUUGUUUUGUUAUUGAAAACGAACAGUGUCAAUUACCCCGUUUUUACAUAUUAUUAUAUAUAUAUAUUAUAAAAACAUUUACGAAACGAAGCCGUUUUCUAUUGUGGUUUUCCUUCCCGUGAGUCGUAAUACGUAAUACCUUUACACAAAUUUUCGUAACGCGCACAAGUCAUCAUGUGGCGGGCACGACGACGACGAUCACACACACGCGUCACAUCCUACUACCCAGUGACCAAACUCGUCAGGUAGUUCCCUACAUACGUACACGGACGUUUGAUACACGUACGCGAAGUGCAUUUGCACGAAACCACAGACGUACGAUUUUUUUUCAAAUAAUAAUAACGAAAAUAUAGCCUGUACAGUAACAGUGUUUAGGAAGUGAACCGAUGACCCGUCAGUCUGCUCUUGUCGACACAAACGUUCAGUGGCGCGCCGAAGGGGAUGAACUUUCUGGUCCAGACCGUCCUCCCCCAUCUCAAAUUAAAAUUGUUUAACCAGGCCCAUAGAAGUAAUUACCACGAUAUUUACGUACCGAGAAUCGCUAUGUCACGUCAUGUCCGUUUUCAUUCUCGAUCGGACGUGUACUCUUUCGCUCCAUCUCCCACCGUCGUCUCACAAACCGCACACACACUAAAAAAAAGAAUAUCGAAAAUUUCCACUCUACCCAUUUAAAGAUUAACUCUCUCUGCAUAUUACGCAUAUGUAUACAAGACAAAUCGUCAUAAUAUUUAACGCGUUGAUAAAUUAUAUCUAUUAAAUCGUCGUCGUCGUCGUCCAGUCGUCAUCGGCGAGCGCGCGCGCGCGACACUCGCGGAAACAUUCAUAAUAUAAAUUAUUAUUAUUAUUAUAUAUAUAAUGUGGUUAUAUCAUAUAUGUUUUUUUUUUUUUGUUUUUGUUUUUAAUAAUUUAAUAAAUUAUUAUUAUUAUUAUUAUUGUACUCGUGAAAACAAACGCUUUAUACGAUUUUUUAGUCAUAAUAAUAAUAAUAUAUAUAUUGUACGCAUAUAUGUGGCUUGUAUAUGAAUAUAUAUGUAUAUGUAUCGUAAUACCGACAUCGUCAUCCGAGCGGACGAGCAGAUGAGAUCGCAAUACCAAUAAUACAACAAACAUACCUGUAACACAAGACGGUGUUCUCGUCGCGUUCCUCUCCGCCCGAAACGAUUGUGUUCGUGUACGGUUGACCAUAUAUACAUAUAUAUAGGUAAUAACAUAACACGUUAACGUAUAUAUAUAUAUAUGUAUGUAUAUGAAUAUUAUAUAAUGUGUUUGUUCGUUUCUUUCUUUCGUCUUUUGUUUUCCAAGCGAUCAUCAUCGCCUCGUACGAUUUUAUAAUAAUAUAUAAUAACCACAAAUAUUACGUUAUUAUUAUUAUUAUUAUUAUUAUUAUCAAUAUAUUAUUAUUAUUGUGUAUUCACUUAAUAUAAUAUUCUCGUUCUCGUUAUAUAAAAACAUUCUGUUGUUCAAUUUAUGUAAUAAUAUAUAUAUAUAUGUAUGUAUGUAUGUAUGAUAUUAUUACGAUGUAAUGUAAAACAAAAAUGAAAAACGAGAUCCAACAUCAAAUUUCAGAAUUUUUUUUUUUUUUUAAGUCUUUUUGCGGCAGUUCUAGCAGUUAUAUUAUUGUGUAAAAUGAUAGAUUUUUUAUUUAUUAUUAUUAUUAUUUUUUUUUUUUUUAAUUAAUAAAUUAUAAAAAAUAUAUUUAUAUAAUAAUCUUACAUUGUUACGUUGCUAUAUAUUAUAUAUAAAUAUAUUUUAUAUUUAUAUAUUUAUAUAUUUAUAUAUAUAUAUAUAUUAUGUUAUUAUAUAGAACUCUAGACACACUUCCUAUAAUAAUAUUAUGUAAUACUAUCUACGAACCUACUUACGGCGACGAUAAAAACUCGACAUUAAUUAAAUUAUUUUAUAAUAUUAUUUCGUUUACAUAUUUUCUUUCUCGUAUUGCGCGUUGGUUAUAUUGUUAUUAUUACUAUACGAAGACAGUACAUUUUUUUGCGCCCAUUUAUCUCUGCCAUAAAAACGAUUAUUUUUAGUUCGUAAGAUCGACGAUCUCAUUUUAUGUUGAAGCCAUUUUGUUUUAUUAAUACAUUUUGAUUUUUUCGCCUUUUCGGGCAAGUUGAAACUUUAAACUACUUGAUUACAGAAAAUUAUACUCCUAUAUGAAAAACAAAAAAAAAAAUAUUGUAUUCUAAAAAAAGUUAUAUUUGUAGAUUCUUAAUUAAUGAUAAUUAUAUUUGUAAAUAUAGUAAUUUAUAUUAGAAUUAAGUAUUAUUUAAAUGAAUAAAAAGAAAAUUCAAUGAAAUUA